AUGACUGAAAUAGCUGUUGAAAAUAGAGCAUUAUCUGUGUAUGUAGUUAAUGAUAAGGAUAAUGAGAUGUUGGUUCUAGAAAUAUCAAAAAGUGGUACUAAAGAUAGUGAAGUUUUGUCCACUUUUGGGAAUAGGAAAAAGUUGACCCCUAAGAGAGCAUCUAAGGCAAAACAAUCCCUUAGUGAAAGUUGCAUACCUCUUGAAUAUGAUUUUUUUGAAGAUGAGCCACAUUUUGGUAAUAGUGCCGAGGAGGAUCUUGUGCAUAGUCAAGAUUUCUCAUUGUCAUUCGAAGAAGUAGAGCAAGUGGGUGAUUCUGUUUUCAAAUUGGGUGAGUGUAGUAACACACAGGGUUUAUCUAAGUAUGAAAAUAGUGAUGAUGAAGAUGAGGAUGCUACUACCGAUUUUAGGAAGUUCAAAUGGAUUGUUGGGCAAUUUUUUAGCACCCCAGUUGAAUUUAAGGAGGCGGUAAGGAAAUAUGCAAUUCAUCAGGGAAGGAAUGUAAAAUUUUAUUUGAGUGACAAGUCUAAAUUAAAUAAGCUUGGUGUAAGGUGUGUUGAUGGUUGUCCCUUUAAGCUCUACGCCAGUUGGGAUAAAACACGAGUUUCCUUUAUUGUGAAGAAAGUUAAUGGUGAUCACACUUGUCAAAGAAACAUGAAUUCUAGUCGUCAAUUCAAAGCUUCUUGGUGUGCAGAUCAGUUACUUGAAUUAUUCAAGUCAAGACCACACAUUCCUUCUGCAGAACUAGUUGAUAUUGUUAGGAAACAAUUUCGAAUUAUCAUUAGUAGGGGCUUUGCAUACAAGAUUAAGUAUGCUGCACAUAGGAGGUUACAUGGAUCUAUGAAACAACAUUAUCAGAAGCUCAUGAGCUAUGUUGGGGUUUUAGAACGAAGUAACCCUAAUAGCCACUUCAUUGUUGUUACUGAUCCAAGGACAAAUCUACCCACAUUUCAGAGGUUUUUUGUUUGCUUUGAAGGGGUUAAAGAUGGUUGGGUUGGUGGGUGCAAGAAUAUUCACUUAUUAUAUUCUUAA